CUGAUCGUGGCCUGCAGCUGAGACCAUCCACGCCAAACGAGCUGAUCACUCACUCACACGACACGACAAAUCAGCCGAACCGUGCAGAGCCUCGCAGCCGUUCAGCCCGAGUGAAAUGCCACGUGUUUGACGUUGCCACAAGCCCCUCUCCGCGUGCAUUGACCAUCAUAGCGGGAAAGCCGUGGCACCCGCGCGUCUCUUCCGUGUGGACUUUUUGGAGAGUUUGGUUCACCUGGCAAUCGGAUGAAUGGUCGGCGGUGAUCAGUGGCUCGCCAUUCACUAACCCUGGCCUGCACUCAUCUCCGUGACAAUUUAGACAACUUCACGCGCUCGAUAGCCCUGUGAUUGAUUCCUGUUUUCUGCUUGGAUAUUAAGUCAUCUCUCACCAUGGCCGCAGAGGCGUUCGAGUGGCAUCCUGCCAAGCUUCUCCUCGACCACGACAGCACCUCUGAGUUCGCCCUCCUCGUGCUGAACCAGCCCCUCAAGAACAGCGCCAGUCUCCGCAAACUGUGGAAGAACGCCUCCCUCCGGGUCGCCGCCGACGGCGGUGCCAACCGCCUCCAUGAACUGUCCUCGUUCCAAGGCAAAUUCUCCAACCUUCAGGCCAUCAUCGGUGACCUCGACUCGCUCUCGCCUUCGGUUAGAGACUUUUACUCCUCACAGCCCACACCGGCCGAAGUCGUCCACAUCACCGACCAGGAAUCCACCGACUUCGCCAAGGCCGUGGCCUGGAUUCGGAAGGCACGAUCAGACAAUCUCGAUAUUGUCGCCCUCGGUGGUAUUGGCGGACGCGUCGACCAAGGUGUCAGCCAGCUGCAUCAUCUCUACCUGCUCCAGCCGGGUCCGGAUUACGCUCUUGGCCGGCUCUUCCUCCUGUCUGGGUCGAGCCUCACAUUCCUCCUAAAAGCCGGGAAGCAUCUCAUCCGCGUCAGGGAGGACGGCGAGGAUGUGGCCUUUGGAAAGCACGUCGGGAUCUUGCCGCUCCAAGGGCCCUGCGCCAUCUCCACCCAAGGCCUGGAGUGGGACGUGACCGACUGGGAAACGCAAGUCGGAGGAAAGCUAAGCACGAGUAAUCAUAUCCUCCCUGACACUAAGUGCGUCGAGGUGCAGACGUCGAAGGACGUGCUCUUCACAAUAGCGCUGCGACAAAUCGAAGGCGAGGACGUGGGAUAGGCCCGUGACGCGUGUGUUCAAAUUGGAGCGUCAAAUGCCAGCAGAUAUCGAACAGUUAUGAAGAGAUAGCCAGAAACGCCGCGCUUGAAAUGGACAUCUCGUGCCGUGACGACGUAGCUCCCUACAGCAGCGGCAGGCAGCGCUCGCCGGUCGGUUUCACCGCAGGUAGUGGAGGACCAACCAGCAGAACAGGAAGAAGAUG